UUUGUUUCCAUCAAGAAUUAUUACUUUGGUUUUUUUUUUCCUCUUUUUUUAUUAUUAUUAUUAUUAUUAUUAUUUAAAAAAAGGUGCUCGAAACGACGAGGAUAACGACGAUAUCCAAUAAGUCUCGUCGGGGAAAAACAAAACAUACGGCCUACCCGCAGGAUUUACAUAUUUAACGACUCCACGAACUGAAACAAGCUAUUUAUUUUGCGGGAGAGAUCUUUUAAGUAUGCAGCAAAUCAUCCUUCAUGAAUAGAUUGGCUCCCAACUCUGACGUAUUCUUGCGAAUAUCCAUCCCAUCCCAUCCCAUCCUCCCUCCCCCUUGGUUUCUCUCCCUCCAACCGCCCCAAUCCUCUUUCCGCCGAGAGAUAGAGUGAGCGUGGAACCCAAAUACCGAACAAACAGCGCUGAGGAACAAUGGUUUGAGAUCUAGAAACGACUUGCUUUCUCUCUCUCUCUCCCUUCUCUAUCUCUCACCAUCGCGUGGUCCUCGACAUCACUCCUUGCCGGACAAUUAAUACAGUACUUUCCCCCUUACAAUCCGCCAACCCCCCUCCCCUCCUCCAGUGUGGACAAUACCCCGCGCAUAUACCUAUACAUAGAUACCAUGCUUGAUUCCGCAGAUGUCCACUCAAUCUAUGCACGGUCUGGCGGUGGUGUGCCGGGGGGUCCGGAAGGUAGGCCGCCCGCCUUCAAGGCCGUUGGUAUCUCCCUGGCUGUCGGUUCGGGGCUCUUCAUCGGGGUCUCCUUUGUGAUAAAGAAGGUGGGCCUGCUCAAGGCGAACGCGAAGUAUAAUGAGGACCCUGGUGAAGGGAUGGGGUAUUUGAAGGUGUGGUGGUGGUGGGUAGGGAUGGCGUUAAUGAUCAUCGGAGAAAUCUUCAAUUUUGUCGCCUAUGCCUUCGUCGACGCAAUUCUAGUGACACCCCUUGGCGCCCUCUCCGUCGUGGUCACCACCAUCCUCUCCGCCAUCUUUCUCAAGGAACGCCUGAGUUUCGUGGGCAAAGUCGGCUGCUUCAAUUGCAUCAUUGGCUCCGUCAUCAUCGCCAUGAAUGCCCCCACACAGUCAUCUGUCGCUACUAUCCAAGACAUGCAACGCUUCGUCAUCUCCCCCGGUUUCCUCACCUGGGCAGGUCUCAUCAUUGUGGGAUGCACGUUUAUUGCGCUCUGGGCAGGGCCCCGCUACGGCAACAGGAGCAUGUUUGUCUACAUCAGCAUCUGCAGCCUCGUUGGUGGUCUGAGUGUGGUCGCCACUCAGGGUCUGGGAGCGGCUAUCAUAUCUCAGAUCCAGGGGAUAUCGCAGUUCAAGGAGUGGUUUCUGUAUGUUUUGCUGGUUUUUGUUAUUGCUACGUUGUUGACUGAGAUUAUUUAUUUAAAUAAAGCGUUGAAUAUUUUUAAUGCGGCGUUGGUUACCCCUACAUACUAUGUCUUUUUUACAAGUUCCACGAUCAUUACAUCUGCAAUUCUAUUCCAGGGAUUCAAGGGGACUGCUAUUAGCAUUACUACCAUUAUCAUGGGUUUUCUUCAGAUUUGUUCUGGCGUUGUCUUGUUACAGCUCUCGAAAUCGGCCAAGGAUGUUCCGGAUACUGCCAUUUUCAAAGGAGAUCUGGAUCAGGUGCGCGAAGUUGCUGAGCAGGAACAGCCAGAGACUGAACCCAAGGCCGAUGCAAUUCGUGGCACAGCCGCUAUUAUUCGUCGGAUAUCGGGUGCAAGACAGAGGAUGGAAGCGGAGGAGGCAAGGAGAUAUUACGAGGAGAGAAGACUUGAUGAGUUGGAGCCGCCGCGAGAAGGGGAAGUGAUUGAGUGGGACGGACUCCGCCGACGCAGGACUAUCGUCGGAGAAAGUCCCAUGAGUACACCAUCACGCCGAGCAACGAAUCGCCAUCCGCCUCUGGGGAUGUCGAAAUUCCCUGAUUUUGUUGAUGAGGAGCUCCCUCACCACAGGCCCAGCACGAAGGGAAGUAGUAAGAGUUCGUUCUUUGCUCGCAGCCGUGCAUCCAGCGGGUUGCAUCCACAUUGGAGACCGAACCAUUCUUCCCAGGGGAUGCACGGCGCGAUGUCACCCGUGCUAACUACGAUCACGAGUGAAACGGAUGAAAAAAGUGGUUCACAUUCUGGCAUGGCUGAAGCUCAGCCUUCCGGCUCCCUUGAGGAAGCCUUCCAACAUAACCAUCGCCGGAACCGCAGCGGAACCGCGCAGACGAUUCAAUGGGCAAAUAGUGUCAAAUCCGGUGGCUCUUCCAACCCACACUCGCCCAACCGCAGUAGUACUCUUCCAGCAAAUUCCCCACAUCAUGGCCCGAGUCGCCAGUUUUCAUUCCAUAACUUGUUCAAUCGACGAAUGUCUAACGAGCCACCGCACAGCGGUGGUGGUAGUCGCAACAUGUCAGAAAAUCCCACUUCACCAGGAAACCGGCUGUUUGGGUUUGCUAACCUUUCGUCUCGGAAUACUCACAAUCACCAUCAUCAUCAAAACGAGCAAAAACGUAAUAUGAUGAGAGAAGGCACUGAGGAAGAAACUCUCGGCCUUGUGAAAGGGGAUAACGCCCAAUUGAAGGGGCAACGGCAUCUCCGUGACUCUUCGCCAUCGCCUACCCCUACGACUCCAACUUUUAACGAGGAAGCGAUUCAAAAUGACAUGCUCCAGGUGAACUAUCAGCAACGCCCCAGCCGAUCACCAUCAUCGUCAAGUGUUUCUUCCACCGAAUCAAGCACUGAAUAUAAACCACACCACACUCGAGUACCCUCGCGAGACAGAGAAGCAGAGGCGGCAGCUACAGCUUCUUCUUCUUCUUCUUCUUCAAAAUACCCAAAAACCCGCCACCACCACAGACGUUCCUCCCCUCCGCCCUCGUCCCAACUACCAAAAUACGACGGCGCGAUUGCAGAUAUCAAACCGCCCUCCCCACCACCCCAUUCACACCCCACCCCGCAUCUCCCGUCCCACUCAACAACCUUCCCAACGACAGCAACAACAGCAGCAGCAGCAGCAGCACAACUCCGUCAACACCAACCACCCCACCACCCCCUCCCCUCCCUCCCCACCGAAUCACAUCCUAGACACCCAUACGCAUUCCCAAACACUCCCGAAAGGUCUCUACCCACCACCUCCUCCACACCACCCUCCUCUUCCUCCCGUACCCGCGCCCCGCGCCCGCGCCAGCAGGGAACACCCCAACCUUACCCCCGCCACAACUCAUCCCUCUACCAGCGUCAUCCGCGACGUCUCUCGCGUCAAGCCUCAGCGCGGAAAAUGAGAGGCGGGAGAGGCGGGAGAGGAGGAUGCGGCAGGGGAGGAGGGGGUCUAGUGUUGCGGCUGCUUCUGUGGCGGAGCAAAGGAGAGGGAAUGGGAGAGGGAAAGCGGGGAGUGAUGGUGGUGGGGAUAAUGAUUAUGAUGAUAUAUGAAUUAUGUGGGGAUGUGGAUGGGGGUGGCGGAGAGAGUUGGGGAGAUAAGCGGGGUGAGAUUGAUGUUGGGAGGAGGUGAAGCCCAGGUGGCGAUGGGAGUUUUCUUACAAUACAGAUCCUUCCACCACCACCACCCCCUACAUGCUUUUUCUCGCCUGAAUGGGUAGUUGGUGGUGGUUCGUAUACUUUGCUUUUUUUUUAUCUUGCUUCUCUUUCCCCCUUUUCUCCUUCCCUUUUCUUCCUCGCAUUGUUUAAUGCCUGCAUAUAUUUCCCUAUCUCCCUGUGUAAAGGGGGAUACAUCCGUAUGUAUAGAAUAGAUGGGUGGAGUGAGUUGAGUUGUUUCAUUAUUUUAUUUUUGCAUGUUUUAUGGUCUGUUGUUCCCUUU